CGGCCAGCUGGCAGCGAGUCCGUCGGCAGUCGGGUGAGACGAGCGCUCACGCUUGGAUUGGAGUGUCGGAGCGGCCAGUCCGGAGCACACGUAGACCACACAUACGCGCGAGGAAUGUAAUCCGUGCCCGAUGAUCCAUCAGUUACCUGUGUACGACGCGCUGCAAUUCAGACUGCCAAAUUUCAUCCAGGGUAGUAAGGGGACAGGAAGGGAAGUGCAGCUAGAGGCGAUCCUUAAAGAAGCGCCAUAGAAAGCCCGCGGCGGAUCAGGCGUCGGUAAUCGAUGGGUUGAGAACGCUCUUUGCCCUUUUUUUCUUUUCUUUACCAAAGUGUAGCUUAUCGAUGAGCCAUGCUGAAGGUGGUCGGAGCCUCGUGGCUGCAGACGCGCAUCUCCACCUACAUCCUCGUCGCCGUCGCUCUGCUCGGCAUCGGCGCCAUUAUCCUCGGCGAAUACGGAUAUGUUGAGAAAGAUGGAACCUACUCGGCUACUGUAUCGUGGAAUCACAAGGGAGGAUAUCGCAUCGACUUUUGGGGUCAAGGCAACGACCUCGCUGAUGUGCGAUUGAAUGCUGCCCGUGCCUAUUACAAGACCGGCAUAUAUGAAUCUGGAUGGUCUAUCAUCGAAAUAGAAACGUCGUCGAAGUACCCGGACACCGUGCAGGCUUAUGCGGCCGGUUUGUUAGAGGGUAGUCUGACAUGGCAAAUGAUCCAUCAUCAUUGGCAUAAUACCGUUAACGUUGUUUGUGAGAAAUGGGCAGAUGAGUGCCAGAAACUAAUGCAAUUCCUUCGCGAGAAUACCGUCAUCGUCCGCGAACGUGCCGAGCGUUUAGCAGAAACGGAUCCAUUCUGGCACAUGGUGCGGCUGUUCUAUGUUCAACUGGACGGUCUGGAGGCUGGCUGGAAGUUCGCGGUUCGUCGCAGUCGGCAGACGGUGGAAAUGAACAAGGAGCAUUUCCUCUGGCUGGCAAUGGCUGCAGAUCUACCGGAUCUCGAGCGAGUGCUGAACGGUUCCGAGUCUUAUCGCGACUACAUCAAAGGCAUGAUUUUCCUGAAAAAUCUACCUCGUGAAGGACAAAAUCCGUUGGUAGCUAUUGGACACACCACUGCUGCACCAUAUGCUAAAAUGUUGAGGUUGCUGAAGAAAUAUACUUUUGGUUAUCAUGUACUGCCGAUCUCGAAAACUCGACCGACCUCCACGUCAGUGCCAAGCAGAUCUAUCAUAAUGUCAUCUUACCCUGGUGCUCUGUCAUCUCACGACGAGUUCUAUUUGACCCAAGGAGAGAAUCACGAGCUGAUUAUCGCUGGUACGCCAUUGACAAUGACCAAUCGCAGUCUAUGGAAUUUUAUGAACGCAAAGGAUCAGGUGAUGUCAUCCGCGGGGGUGAUGGCGGCGAAUCGUCUGGCGAUAAACGGAGAGUCCUGGUCUCGCAGCAUGUCGUUGCAAAAUGGUAUCGAUGUAGCGCGGCAAUGGGUCACUUUGGAACCGCGUAACGGCGUCGUCUGGCUUGUCGAGCAACUUCCGGAGCUCGUUCGCACGGCGGAUAUCAGCGAGCAGUUUGCUGGCGCUGACGUACUUUGGGCCAUCGGUGAAGUUCACCUUGCCGAGACCAACGUGGUGAUCAAUGAAAAGGAGAACAACGAUAUGGCAAAAAGCGAGCCAGUAGUGAGAUUGCAGAGCAACAUUACUACGACGGAACACUUUAGGAGGCUGAUGCGAGGAUACAAUCACGAGAAGUCCACCAUCAAGAAUGAAGAUUCGGCACAGAUUUUAACCAACAGAGAAGACCUGGAGAGAGUUGAUCUACCGUUCGGUAUAAUCGACAUGAAGAUCGUCCUGGCUGACGCUGACGGUGUAGAAAGUUUCGAAGUCACUUCCGGGCCGAGCAUGUUGGAUAACACGCAGCCCUUCCGAUGGUCGACCACUUUCCCUAACAUCUCGCACGUCGGGCAGCCCGAUCUCUUUGAUUUCGCCAGCGUUACUCCUCUGUGGGUUUGGAUCUGAGCGCGAUCAUUUAAAUAUGUAAAAAUAACAAUAUUAGUAAUGACGAAAAGGUAACUUUUUAAAUUUUUAUUAGAAACGAACAAUUAAUCAAUAAACUUGAUGAACCGGAAAGAAAUUAUUUUUGCUUGAUUCGAUCAUAUAUAGUAGCUUUUCGGUUUUUCAUUUUAAUGCUUUUGCUGAAUUCUAAAUUUUUAAUUUGAAGAAACAGCUGGCUCAUAUAUUAGCUACCUACCGUGUGAAAUUUUUAGAAAAUAAAAUGAAGUAAACAUGA